CUGCGGAGUUCAGCAGAGGAGAGAGAGAAAGAGAGAGAGAGAGAUGAAGAGAGCUGGAGACACAGAUCUGUGAUCAGGAGCUCAUGCAGACACAGCUCCAGCUCCUCUGCGCAUCUCUCAUUAUUCUGGAUCUGGAUCUUAUCAUGCCGUCCAUUCACACUGACGCUCCGCUGCCGGGCUUGAUGCUCUGGAUGGGGAUCCUGUGGGGACAAAUCACAACCCAAGAUGUGUCGACGGUGACUCCUCUGCCCAGUCUGGCUCCAGCAAUGCAGGCUCCAGCACCCAGAGAUCCCCCCAGAGGAGCUGCCUCUGUUGGGCAGGAGCUCCUCCAGUCGGUCCUGUCUCACAAGGAUCAUCUUCUGGCCCAGACGGGAGUGACUCUACCCAGCGCUUUACCCCCUGACCUGAUGCCCAUGCUGGGGAAGGGUUUGGGGGUUGGAGCUGAUGCUCUGUCGCCUGAAAUGAGGAGGAUUUUCCCUGCACAUGACAGCACUGGGCGCCCAGACGAGCUGCCCACCGAACCUCCAGAGCCUGUGGAGACGCCCCGCUGGGUCACGGAUGAACCAAGCUCACCAACCCAGCCCUCGGUCAAUGUUAACCCAGAAACACUGACUGCUGCUUUCACCACAGCUCAAUCAAACUGCAGGGUGAAUUUCAGCGAGCCGGAGGGUUACAUCGACUCCUCAGACGAGCCGCCACUUCCAGACGGAGCACUCCUGCAGUGCAUCUACACCAUCAGCGUUUACACUGGAUACGGCGUCGAGCUGCAGGUGAAAAGUGUGAACCUGUCAGAGGGCGAGCAGCUGUCAAUCAGAGGAGUAGAUGAAGGCGGAGCCCUGCUCGUUCUGGCCAAUCAGACACUUCUGGUGGAGGGUCAGGUGAUCCGCAGUCCGACCAAUACGCUGUCGGUGUUUUACCGCUCGUCUCCAGAGGGAGGAGUCGGCCUGUUCCAGCUGCACUAUCAGAUUUUUCGGCUGAGUUGUGCUCUACCUCGACGGCCUCAUUUUGGUGAGGUGUCAGUCAAAGAUCUGCAUCCUGGAGGAACGGCUCAUUUCCAGUGUCACAUGGGAUAUCACCUGCAGGGGGACGCCACUCUCACCUGCCUGAACGCCUCGCUGCCCGUCUGGAGCCAGCAUGAGCCCAGCUGCAGAGCUCUGUGUGGCGGUGUUGUUAAGAACGCAACAGUGGGACGAGUGUUGUCCCCCUCACCCCAUUCAGGCCCCAACAGCACUCUGGACCGCAGCUGCUCAUGGUCUCUGGAGGCUCCAAGCGGCCAGCGGCUGCACCUACACCUGGAGAGAAUGGUGUUGGGCACCACAGACAGGCUUGUGUUAUGGAGUGGUCUCGACGCUGGUUCGGUGGUCCUGUUUGAUUCUGGACGUGGAGGUCCGAUCCCAUUUGAGGGAGUGAUCAGCGAAGGUCCGGCAGUUCGGGUUCAGUUUAUAACAGACCAGCCGAACAGCCACAACACCGGCUUCAAUAUACGAUUUGAAGCGUUCGAGAAAGGCCACUGCUACGAACCGUAUAUUCAGAAUGGAAACUUCAGCACGACGGACACGGCGUACGGUGUGGGGACGGUAGUUCAGUUCAGCUGUGACCCGGGACACUCUCUGGAGCAGGGCCCGCCCGUCAUCGAGUGCAUAAACACACGAGACCCCUACUGGAACGACACCGAGCCGCUCUGUAAAGCUCUGUGUGGUGGUGAUCUGUCGGGCCCCAGUGGAGUCAUUCUGUCCCCGAACUGGCCUGAAUGGUACGGUGAGGGUGAAGACUGCAGCUGGAGGAUCCACGUCGGGGAGGACAAACGGGUCCUGCUGGACGUACAGCUGCUGAAUCUGAGCGAUAGUGAUAUGCUCACUAUCCUGGAUGGGGAUGAAGUCACCACACGUAUUCUGGGUCAGUUUGUGGGCGGCACGAGUCCCUUUAAGAUGUCGUCCUCCAGCCCAGACCUCACCAUCAGCUUCCACUCGGACCCGGCCGGCCUGGUGUUCGGGAAAGGCGAAGGCUUCAUCAUCAACUACAUGGAGGUGUCCCGCAACGAUUCGUGUCCAGAUCUGCCUGAGAUUCAGAACGGCUGGAAAAGCACGUCUCACGCAGCGCUGGUGCGCGGAGCCCACAUCACAUACCAGUGCGACCCCGGGUACGACCUAGUGGGCAGCGAAACACUCAUCUGUCAAGUGGACCUGAGCUGGAGCACACAGCCUCCGUUCUGUGAGAAGAUCAUGUAUUGUACAGACCCGGGACAUGUCGAUCACUCCACACGCACACUCUCUGACCCCAAACUGCUAGUUGGCACCACCAUCCAGUACAGCUGCACACCCGGAUUCAUCCUGCAGGGCGGCGCCACACUCACCUGCUAUGGCCGAGAGCCCGGCACCCCGGUGUGGACAUCCCACCUUCCACACUGCGUCUCAGAAGAAUCCGUGUCCUGUGAGAAUCCCGGCCUUCCCGACAAUGGCUACCAGAUUCUGUCUAAAAGACUUUACCUUCCUGGAGAGUCUCUGACCUUCAUGUGCUACCAGGGAUAUGAGCUUAUCGGUGAAAUGGCCAUCAAGUGCAUUCUGGGAAAUCCUUCAUUCUGGAGUGGACCAUUGCCCCUUUGCAGAGCCAAUCAUGAAUGUUCUGGCAAUCAUGCAUUAGAGGUGUCUGAGGCGGCUGCAGAAUCCUCUUUUGAUGGGGGAAGUUUGGCUCUGGCUAUAUUCAUCCUGGUGCUGCUGGUGUCUGCGGUGCUCGGAGGAACUUACAUCUACAUCACCAGAUGCAGAUAUCAUUCAAACCUGAGACUUCCUCUGAUGUAUCCGCAUCCCUACAGCCAGAUCACCGUGGAGACAGAGUUUGACAACCCUCUCUAUGAGACUGGAGGGCAGGACACAAGAGAAUAUGAGGUAUCCAUAUGAAGAGCCCCACAGACACGUCCCGUUCUGAUUCAGUGCUUACAGGAAGUGAUGUAAAUAGAUCCUGAAAACUCCACUCUCCCACCUCCCAAAAACUCCAGAGAGAGAGAGAGAGAGAGAGAGAGAGAGGGGGGGGCAAGAAGGGAAGGGUCUGUGAAUCUGCAAGUAUCAGAGUAGAGUUCAGUCGGCCAGUACACUUUACUGUGGUUAAAUGUGAUUCUACAAGUAUGCACUCACAGCCAGAGGUUCAAAAGUGUGCGUGUGUGUGUGUGUGUGUGUGUGUGUGUGUGUGUGUGUGUGUGUGUGUGUGUGUGUGUGUGUGUCUGUGUGUGCGCGUCUGUGUGUGUGUUUAUACACUCAUCGGCCAACUUCUUAGGUACACCUGUUGACUGAUCCUCAAUGCAAAUAUCUAAUCAGCCAAUCAUAAGGUUUGAUUCAAUUCAUUUAAAGUCGGAGUGAUCCAGAAGAUUCUGCAGACUUUUAUUUCAGUAUGAUGAUGUAUUUCCAACUGAGAGUGAAUAUUGAGCAUGGAGUGGGGGUGGGGUUUUAUUUUUAAAGCCCCACCUCUCAUCUUUCACUUUUAGCAAACUAACAGUUGGAGGGGUGUGGCUACGCAUAUUUUAUUUUAAAUCUGAAAAGUAAAUCUGAGAUUUCAUAGAUAACAGUAGUGGCUUAUUUAUAUUUUAGCAUUAAAAUAAAACUAUAGAUGGAAUGUAUACUACUUUUGCUGCUUGACACUAUUUUUAUAGGACAUUUUGUGUUUCAGAAUACAGUCCAAAGUUAAGCAUAAAUUAUACGAAUUGUAAAAAGUUUUUAUUAAUUUAGCAACAUUACAGCCCACAUAAAAAACUACAGUGAUUUAAAGUAAAUAUUAUAGUGUUUUUCAAUAAUACUGUAAUAAAGAAUUUUAAUAGUUCGGUUGUGGUGAUUCUACAGUUUCUAUGGAUCCAUAAAAACUAUAGAUUCUGCUGUUGCUAUGGUAACACAACAACUAUAGUAAUAAAAACAAAUUAAUCUGUCAUGGUGAUUUGACAGUUGCUAUGAUAAUACAACAACUAUAGUACAUAAACAGAUUAAUCUAUUGUGAUUCUACAGUUGCUAUGGUAACACAACAACUAUAGUAAUAUAAACAGAUAAAUCUGUUGUUGUGACUCCACAGUUGCUAUGGUAACACAACAACUAUAGAUUCUGCUGUUGCUAUGGUAACACCAAAACUAUAGUAAGUAGCGGUGCACUUUUGUCAUGUCGCUAGGCAACGACUAAAUCAGCUGGGUAUUGUGCUGAGUAUUGCUGUUGAUAUUAAUAUAAUUUUAAUAUUAAAUAUUAUUGUGAUAUUCAAGAUUUGUGAAGUCAUACAGCAACCACAAGUCUCUCCUCUAUCUUCAAAAGUCUUUGUUAUUGUCUUGACUACACAAAAACUGCAGGUGCCUCAACAGAAACCCGUCUCUGCUUUCAUUUAAUCGGAGAAUGAAAAAGACGUGACUGACGUAACGCAUUUUUUUCGCUCAGAGUUAACUUUUUUUCAACUGCGAGUGCACAGCACACAAGGGCAAAAAUGCGAGGCGCAGCUGGCGGUCAAAACGCGAGGCGCGCAGGGUGCAUAAGCAGUGCGGAAAACACUCGCAGCCGUUAAUAAACCAUAUAAAAAGGUGCCUCUCAACGCAAAAAACAUGUUCGGUGUGAUCGGCCCCUUAAUCUCUGGUGAUUCUACAGUUGCUAUGGUAGCACAAAAACUAUAGAUUCUACUGUUGCUAUGGUAACACAGCAACCAUAAUAUAAACAAAUGAAUUUGCCAUGGUGAUUCUAUAGUUGCUAUGGUAACAACAAUUAUAGAUUCUACUGUCGCUAUGAUAACACAGCAACUAUAGUAAUAUAAACUAAUUAGUCUGUUGUGAUGAUUCUACAGUUGCUGUGGUAACACAACAACUAU